CACACACACACACACACACACAAUCAACCGCGACGGGUUCUCCACAGCUCUCAGCCACCCCCAAAAAGAGAGAGGGAGACGAGCAGCAGAUGAGAACCUGGAGCAGAUAGAAGGGAAAAGAAGAGCUCAGGGUUGGACAUUUUGGGAUCUAGGGGUGGGGUGGAGAAAGGGAGCGCGCCUCCUUGAUUUUCCCCUGCCCACCCCUCUUUGCUUUUCUCUCCCCUUGGCUGGUAUAGGAUUUUCCUGAAGCAGCAGCAGUAGGGGAUAGAAACCUUUAGUCCAGAAAGGGGGGUUGGAGAGGUGGCUGGAGCUCCCAUCAGCUACCUAGCUUGAGGGUGCCUGUAAGAGUGUGAAUGCGGUUCCCCUCCACACACACCCCUCCACACACGCUCCUCUUCAUACCAGGGUGUCAGCUAUCCUCAAUUUCCCGGUGUUGGCUUCUCCGCUUGCUCUUAUUGUUUGUGGCUUGCCGCGUGAAAGGGGUGCGUGUGUUUGAAGGGGCUCAGGUUGGGAGAAAGAGCUGAGAUAGGACGAGCGGGAGCAGGACAAGAGCACCGGUGGAGAGAAGAGUUUCGGGCACUGGCGAAGGGGAAAGGUGAGGAGGUCUGGCCAGUCAGAGGGAAGUUUGGCAAUAACUGAAGAGCAAAGAGGGAAGCCCAGGUAGGAGUCAGUCCUUGGGCCCCUCUCAGCACCCUGAUCCCUUUGCCUGUGCUCAACCAUCCACCCACUCGGCAGCCUCCAGGCCCGGGACUGUCCCAGGCGGCUGCCUUUUGCGCGCAGCGGAAGACGAGUCCAGUAAGGCUGUCGCACCACGCGCCCCGGUGCACGGACUCCAGACAACACAAAUCUGAAGAAAGCUCCUGGCCUGGGCUUUCUCAAAUGCUAUGAACCAUGGCCCAACUGUACUACAAGAAGGUCAAUUACUCACCGUACAGAGACCGAAUCCCCCUCCAAAUUGUGAGGGCUGAGACUGAGCUCUCUGCUGAAGAGAAGGCCUUCCUUAAUGCUGUGGAGAAGGGGGACUAUGCCACUGUGAAGCAGGCACUACAAGAGGCCGAGAUCUACUACAAUGUCAACAUCAACUGCAUGGAUCCUUUGGGCAGGAGUGCCCUGCUCAUUGCCAUUGAGAAUGAGAACUUGGAGAUCAUGGAGCUACUGCUGAAUCACAGUGUGUAUGUGGGCGAUGCACUACUCUAUGCCAUCCGCAAGGAAGUGGUGGGCGCUGUGGAGCUUCUGCUUAGCUACAGGAAGCCCAGUGGAGAGAAGCAGGUUCCCACCCUGAUGAUGGACACCCAGUUCUCUGAGUUCACACCAGAUAUCACUCCCAUUAUGUUGGCCGCCCACACCAACAACUAUGAAAUCAUCAAAUUGCUUGUCCAAAAGCGGGUCACUAUCCCACGGCCUCACCAAAUCCGCUGCAACUGCGUAGAGUGUGUGUCCAGUUCGGAAGUAGACAGCCUGCGUCAUUCAAGGUCCCGACUGAACAUCUACAAAGCUCUGGCAAGCCCCUCACUCAUUGCCUUAUCAAGCGAGGACCCCAUCCUUACUGCUUUCCGGCUGGGCUGGGAACUCAAGGAGCUAAGCAAGGUGGAAAAUGAGUUUAAGGCUGAGUAUGAGGAGCUCUCCCAGCAAUGUAAGCUCUUUGCCAAGGACCUGCUGGACCAAGCUCGGAGCUCCCGAGAACUGGAGAUCAUCCUCAACCAUCGAGACGACCACAGUGAAGAACUUGACCCACAGAAGUACCACGACCUGGCCAAGCUGAAGGUGGCAAUCAAAUAUCACCAGAAAGAGUUUGUCGCUCAGCCAAACUGCCAACAAUUGCUUGCCACCUUGUGGUAUGAUGGCUUCCCUGGAUGGCGGAGAAAACACUGGGUAGUCAAGCUUCUGACCUGCAUGACCAUUGGCUUCCUGUUUCCUAUGCUGUCUAUAGCCUAUCUGAUCUCACCCAGAAGCAACCUUGGGCUGUUCAUCAAGAAGCCCUUUAUCAAGUUCAUCUGCCAUACAGCUUCCUAUCUGACCUUCCUCUUCAUGCUUCUCCUGGCUUCUCAGCAUAUUGUCAGGACAGACCUCCAUGUACAAGGACCUCCCCCAACUGUUGUGGAAUGGAUGAUACUGCCUUGGGUUCUAGGUUUCAUUUGGGGGGAGAUAAAGGAAAUGUGGGAUGGUGGAUUCACUGAAUACAUCCAUGACUGGUGGAACUUAAUGGAUUUCGCAAUGAACUCCCUCUACCUGGCAACUAUUUCCUUGAAGAUUGUGGCCUAUGUCAAGUAUAAUGGUUCUCGUCCAAGGGAGGAAUGGGAAAUGUGGCACCCGACUCUGAUUGCAGAGGCACUCUUCGCAAUAUCCAACAUUUUAAGUUCCUUGCGUCUCAUAUCCUUGUUCACAGCCAACUCCCACUUAGGGCCUCUGCAGAUCUCUUUGGGACGCAUGCUGCUUGAUAUCCUCAAAUUCCUCUUUAUCUACUGCCUAGUACUGCUGGCUUUUGCCAAUGGACUGAACCAGCUUUAUUUUUACUAUGAGACCAGAGCUAUCGAUGAACCUAACAACUGCAAGGGGAUCCGGUGUGAAAAACAGAACAAUGCCUUCUCCACGCUCUUUGAAACCCUUCAGUCACUCUUCUGGUCUGUAUUUGGCCUUUUAAAUCUCUAUGUCACUAAUGUGAAGGCCAGACACGAGUUCACCGAGUUUGUGGGAGCGACUAUGUUUGGGACAUACAACGUGAUCUCCCUGGUAGUGCUGCUGAACAUGCUCAUUGCCAUGAUGAACAACUCCUACCAGCUUAUUGCCGAUCACGCUGACAUUGAGUGGAAGUUUGCAAGAACGAAGCUCUGGAUGAGUUACUUUGAUGAAGGUGGUACCUUGCCACCUCCUUUCAACAUUAUCCCCAGCCCCAAAUCAUUCCUCUAUCUUGGCAACUGGUUCAACAACACCUUCUGUCCCAAAAGAGACCCCGAUGGAAGACGAAGGAGGCACAACUUGAGAAGCUUCACAGAACGCCAUGCUGAUAGCUUGAUACAAAAUCAACAUUAUCAGGAAGUUAUCAGAAAUUUAGUCAAGAGAUAUGUGGCUGCAAUGAUAAGAAACUCUAAAACAAAUGAGGGGCUAACAGAAGAAAAUUUUAAGGAAUUAAAGCAGGACAUCUCCAGCUUUCGAUAUGAAGUGCUUGACCUCUUGGGAAACAGAAAACAUCCAAGAAGAAGCUUUUCCACUAGCAGCGCUGAAUUCUCUCAAAGAGAUGAUACCAAUGAUGGCAGUGGUGGGGCUCGGGCCAAAUCUAAGAGUGUCUCUUUCAAUUUAGGCUGCAAGAAAAAGGCCUGCCACGGGGCACCUCUCAUCAGAACCAUGCCAAGAGCCAGUGAUGCUCAAGGAAAGUCAAAAGCUGAGUCAUCAAGCAAACGGUCCUUCAUGGGUCCCUCUCUCAAGAAACUGGGUCUCCUGUUCUCCAAGUUUAACGGUCAGACCUCUGAACCUACUCCAGAGCCCAUGUACACAAUCUCCGAUGGGAUCGCACAGCAGCAUUAUAUGUGGCAGGACAUCAGAUAUUCGCAGAUGGAGAAAGGGAAGGCAGAGGCCUGUUCUCAAAGUGAAAUGAACCUCAGUGAGGUAGAGUUAGGUGAAAUCCGGGGUGCUGCUCGGAGCAGUGAAUGCCCCCUAGCCUGUUCCAGCUCUCUUCACUGUGCAUCCGGCAUUUGCUCCUCAAAUUCUAAACUUUUAGACUCCUCAGAGGAUGUAUUUGAAACUUGGGGAGAGGCUUGCGACUUGCUCAUGCACAAAUGGGGUGAUGGACAGGAAGAACAAGUUACAACUCGGCUCUAA